AUGCAGAACGCCUACGAUCACCCUCAGCUCUCGCCGAGCGAAGACAGCCACGUCAGCGUCACGGCCAAUCAAUUAAACCAAGAGUCCAACUCUCAGCCGCAGAGCCCAACGACGUAUAAAGAGCUGACCUCAUCGCCAUCGCCAAUGGCGCUCUCUAGGCAGGAUCUAUCCUAUGCCUCCGUUGUGGCCAGAUCCCCUCAGCCGCUGAUAAACAAUGAAAAUGUAACCAAACAUAUUGAACCUGCUCCACCCCCGCCGUCUCCGAGCUCGCUGAUCGAAGAAAAGAACACACCUCGCCAGACUCCCCAGCCGACCGCCGACACUGCCGACACAGCAGGUGGCUGGACUGUUGUCUCGCGAAAGAAGAAAAAUAAAGGCAAAGUGUCAUCAGCCGCAAUGGUACACCGCGUCGCGUCCUCCUUCAAUCCCACCGGCCCUGGAGAUAUUCUCUUCACGGAACCGCUGAAGGUGGACCAGCGUAAGAGGAGGAGAGUUGCUGACGACCUCGGAGAAGAGAACUCCCCCUCCACCGAAGCGCGUAAACAAAACGUCUCCCCCAUCCUCCCUGACGUCCUCGAACCAGCUAUCUCUACCCCAAUCCCAUCUGCGUCGACGCCUAGUGACCACUUCUCCUCUGCUGGCCCUUCGAAGCCUCGUGCCGGUCACUCCGACUCAGACAGUAUACACGACAUCAGCUUUGCCAUCGCGUCCGACUCAGCGCGAGUAGAGUCGCUCCUUGCACGGAGGAGCGAUUCCUUCCCAACGCUGCCCAGCAUUGACCUCGCAGCGAGUACACACCGCGGCGCCUCCGCGGCCAUCAGCAGCAAAGCACCCUCCCGCAAGGGAAAAGGAAAGGCUAAGCCGCCGCUUCGCCUCGGUGACUUCCUUCCUCUCUUCCCACUCCCGCCGUCCUCGAUCCCGACGAGCUCACCUCACACGCCCUCCCCCUCCUACCUCAGGCGGCCGAGCGCGACCCCUGUUGGCCCGAAGCGAGGCCACCACUGGGCCGACAUCAGCGACAGCGAAGAAGACGCUAAACCUUCGCGCCCUUCUCAGAGAAACUCCUCUCCACCGGAGAUAGUGAUGGCGGACACCACACCGACUCCGAGCAUAGCUCGCUACUCCUCUAUCGACAGCGACCCGGAGGAACUGGAGAUACCGGAAGUACUUCCCUUCAAUGUCGACGACUUCGAGCCUGACGUGGUCAUCCCAACUGUCGGCACGUGGCGCCCCUCCCAAGGCGACUCGGCCAACUGGAAGGAACGCGGAAUGGUAGUAAAGCAGAGGUUAUCCUGGACCAGGAUCGCUGAACUUCAGCCUACUCUUGGCCUCCAGAUCGCCUACCACGGAUCCGAAGAGCCCGGCGUCGAAGCACGCAUCACGAAGAUGCUCGACGUCUUCCACAACACUCUCCACGCGCCGAACGCCUCAAUCUUCUCAAGUUACUCUGCUACGGGGUUCCACGGUAUGAACCUCGAGCCUUACUGGUAUCUAGUCACCAACCUCUCAAUCCUCAUCAUCAUCGAGCUCGUACGCAUCGGAUGGAUGAACCUGACGACGAUUACCCUCAACUUCGCCUUCUGGUCUGAUCCGAACCCUCAUCUCUGCGCAAGCUUCCGCCUCAUCCACCGGUUUGGAGCGCAGACGAAGGACGAGUACGAACACCUCAUCCGUCGCGAAAUCCUCGAAUCGGACCUCUACGAGAUCACGUUCGAAGUUCUCUCCCGCGACAUCGAACGUGGCGGGAUGUGGAGUGGCUCGAGGAAAGCCGACGCUAUCGGUGAGAUGCUUGACUCUAUCGACGUCGAUGUUGUCCCGUUCCGCGUCGGUACGAACGCUACCGAGCCCAUCGCGGUGAUCUAUAUGAAACCGCCCACUGCUGACAGGCGAGACUGGCUGCGCUUCAGCAGCAAGAUGAAGUGUCACGGAUUCGGCUCUGACCUAACAGGCCACCCGGAACCCUUUGCAGGCAGGAUAUGGUGUGGCUAUUGCCACUCACUCGGCCACACACCGGCUACAUGCAGCGUCCGCCAAACGCUUGGCUGGCACGACAUCCCGCUGCAACAGGUACCGAACCAACUACCGCCUCCGUACAACGCCGGAAGAGGUGGCCGAGGGAACGGCGGGAACGGCGGCAGAGGGACCGGCAGAGGCCGUGGAGUAGGUCGCGGACGUGGAGGCGGAGGAAACCACUAG